AUGGAGAUUCAUCAGUCUGCUGUGACUCUGCUGCUGGUCUUGAGUGCUUCAUUCACUUCUCAAGAAAGUCCUUAUGAAAAAUUUGUCCGUCAACAUGUGGGUCCUGAUAUGAAUGAGCAUAAGUGUGACACUGAAAUCAGAGACAAAGAAAUCCAUUACCCUGGACCUGAAAAGCACUGCAAAAAAAAAAACACCUUCAUACAAGCCGACGAAGCUCAUAUUAAAACAGUUUGUGGCACUGGUGGAAAAAAACAGAGCGGCAACCUGUAUAAGAGUAGCACACCUUUUCCUGUGAUCACGUGUGAAUUACUAAAUCCGGAUAAACACCCAAACUGUAAAUAUAAAGGGAAGAAGUCUACUCCUUAUAUUAUUUUGGCAUGUAAUGGAGGCUUGCCUGUACAUUAUGAGAAAGAAGAUGAAGCUGAAUAG